UCUGCACAACAUUUUAGAUUCUUAUUUUCUAGGGCAAAAAAAAAAAAAAAAAAAGAGACUGGAAGAUUGAGAGAGACAAACACAAACACAAGAUGGGGAGAGGAAAAAUUGAGAUCAAGAAAAUAGAAAACUUGAAUAGCAGGCAAGUCACCUUCUCGAAAAGGCGUAACGGGUUGCUGAAGAAGGCUAGGGAAUUGUCUGUUCUAUGUGAUGCUGAGGUUGCUGUGAUAAUCUUCUCCGGUACCGGAAAGCUUUAUGAAUACUCAAGCACUAGCAUGGAACACACUCUUGCGAGGUACGGUAAUGGCCUGGAUUUGGAAUUUCAUGAACAUCAUGUAGAUGACAAUGGGGUCGAGUCUGAUAUGAAUGCAAUGAGGGAAGAGAUCGAAAGGCUGCACUUGUCCUGCCUACAAAUGAUGGGAAAGGAACUUGAUGGGUUAACCUUGAAGGAGCUGCAGAACAUAGAGAAUCAGUUAAAUGAAGGAAUAUUAUCUGUUAAGCACAAGAAGGAACAACUGCUCUUAGAGCAGCUUAAAAGGUCAAGGAUGAAGGAGCAAGAGACCAUGCUAGAGAAUGAAGCUCUGUCCAAACAGAUUGAGGAACUUCGACGGUCAAAGUCAGCAGGUUUUAUGGAAUUCACUCGCUUAGAGAGAAAGUUGGUUUCAAGACCUAAUUGUGCAUCAGAAGACAAUGAACUCUCCCAGACUUCAUUGCAAUUAGGGUUGUCAUGGGAGUAUCAUCGCAAGAGUAAGGCUUCAAGGAGGAAUGAAUCUGUAUGCAAUGAUUCAGCAAGUCAGGUGGCCUCAGAUUGAUGGAAUAAUAAUACUGACAUCAUCUCCAUGGACUUUUCCAACUUUUUUUUUAAAAAAAUAAUAAGUUAGUUAAAGGUUGUUCAUUGACUUGAUCAAUAUUAUAGUAUAUGAGGUUAAUUUUUAGACUCAAUUUUUCAGAUGAUGGUAAUGUCCUUU